CUCCUCCCGCACCCCUGCGGGCCCCGAGGCGGGCAGGGCAGUGCAGUCCCCAGCUGCCCCUGCAGAAGCCGCGCUCCACAUUCGGUGCGAGGGGAGAGGGGGCGCGAGAGAGCAAGUGGGCGGGCGUGCCAUCCUCCGCAUCCUCCUCCAGGUCCUGGCGCGCCUGGUGGGAGCGCUGCGCGGCGCCGCGCUGCGUAUCGCGGCCCGCUUGUCGCCUGCCCCCUGCCCUAGCGGGGCCACCUCCCCGGGCUGCCGGUGGAGGGCUACGAGGCGCUAACGUUACGCUGUUUCCGGUUUUCCAGCGGGCUAGGUUUCCCCUCCCAAGGCGGCGGCGGCGGAGCGGUGGAGCCCCCCAAAUGGCCUGGCCAGAUGCGGCAGGUUUGCUGCUCAGCGCUGCCGCCGCCGCCACUGGAGAAGGCUCCGUGCAGCACCUACAGCGACAGCAGCAGCAGGAGCAGCAGCAGCAGCAGGAGCAGCAGCAGCAGCCGCAGCCACAGCAGCAGCGAGAGGAGCAGCAGCUGCAGCAGCAGCGAGAGCGGCAGCAGCAGCAACAGCAGCAGCGGCGGCAGCAGCAGCAGCAUCUCCCGUCCCGCUGCGCCCCCAGAGCCGCGGCCGCCGCAGCAGCCGCAGCCCCGCAGCCCCGCAGCCCGGAGAGCCGCCGCCCGCUCGCUAGCCGCAGCCGCCGGCGGCAUGAGGCGCGACCCGGCCCCUGGCUUCUCCAUGCUGCUCUUCGGUGUGUCUCUUGCCUGCUACUCGCCUAGCCUCAAGUCGGUGCAGGACCAGGCGUACAAGGCACCCGUGGUGGUCGAGGGCAAGGUACAAGGGCUGGCCCCCGCCAGCGGCUCCAGCUCCAAUAGUACCCGCGAGCCGCCCGCCGCGGGUCGGGUGGCGCUGGUGAAGGUGCUGGACAAGUGGCCGCUCCGGAGCGGGGGGCUGCAGCGCGAGCAGGUGAUCAGCGUGGGCUCCUGUGCGCCGCUCGAAAGGAACCAGCGCUACAUCUUUUUUCUGGAGCCCACGGAGCAGCCCUUAGUCUUUAAGACGGCCUUCGCCCCCCUAGACACCAACGGCAAAAACCUCAAGAAAGAGGUGGGCAAGAUCCUGUGCACGGACUGCGCCACCCGACCCAAGCUGAAGAAGAUGAAGAGUCAGACGGGACAGGUGGGUGAGAAGCAGUCGCUGAAGUGCGAGGCGGCAGCCGGGAACCCCCAGCCUUCCUACCGCUGGUUCAAGGACGGCAAGGAGCUCAACCGCAGCAGGGACAUCCGCAUCAAGUACGGCAAUGGCAGGAAGAACUCGAGGCUGCAGUUCAACAAGGUGAAGCUGGAGGAUGCCGGCGAGUACGUGUGCGAGGCCGAGAACAUCCUGGGCAAGGACUCGGUCCGGGGUCGGCUCCACGUCAACAGCGUGAGCACCACCCUCUCCUCCUGGUCGGGGCAUGCCCGGAAGUGCAACGAGACGGCCAAGUCCUACUGUGUCAACGGCGGCGUCUGCUACUACAUCGAGGGCAUCAACCAGCUCUCCUGCAAAUGUCCAAACGGAUUCUUCGGACAGAGAUGUUUGGAGAAACUGCCUUUGCGAUUGUACAUGCCAGAUCCUAAGCAAAGUAUGUGUCCUGUAGGAUACACCGGGGACAGGUGUCAACACUCCGCAAUGGUCAACUUCUCCAAGCAUCUCGGAUUUGAACUAAAGGAAGCUGAGGAGCUGUACCAGAAGCGUGUCCUGACCAUCACGGGCAUCUGUGUGGCUCUGCUUGUCGUGGGCAUCGUCUGCGUGGUCGCCUACUGCAAGACCAAAAAACAGCGGAAGCAGAUGCAUAACCACCUGCGGCAGAACAUGUGCCCCGCCCACCAGAACCGCAGCUUGGCCAACGGGCCCAGCCACCCCCGCCUAGACCCGGAGGAGAUCCAGAUGGUAGAUUAUAUCUCCAAGAAUGUGCCAGCCACAGACCAUGUCAUCCGGAGGGAAACUGAGUCCACCUUCUCGGGAAGCCACUCCUGUUCUCCUUCUCACCACUGCUCCACAGCCACGCCCACCUCCAGUCACAGGCAUGAGAGCCACACAUGGAGCCUGGAGCGCUCCGAGAGCCUGACCUCGGACUCCCAGUCAGGCAUCAUGCUGUCAUCCGUGGGCACCAGCAAGUGCAACAGCCCCGCGUGCGUGGAGGCGCGGGCACGGCGGGCCGCAGCCUACAGCCUGGAGGAGCAGCGCAGAGCCGCGGCACCGCCCUACCACGACUCCAUCGACUCGCUGCGGGACUCGCCGCACAGCGAGAGGUACGUGUCGGCGCUGACCACGCCCGCGCGCCUCUCCCCGGUGGACUUCCACUACUCGCUGGCCACGCAGGUACCCACUUUCGAGAUCACGUCCCCCAACUCGGCGCACGCCGUGUCGCUGCCCCCGGCCGCACCUAUCAGCUACCGGCUGGCCGAGCAGCAGCCGCUCCUGCGGCACGCGGCGCCGCCGCCGGGGCCCAGCGCGGACAUGCAGCGCAGCUACGACAGCUACUACUACCCCGCGCCGCCGGGGGGUCCGGGCCCGCGGCGCGGGGCGUGCGCGCUGGGCGGCAGCCUGGGCAGCCUGCCCGCCAGCCCCUUCCGCAUCCCUGAGGACGACGAGUACGAGACCACGCAGGAGUGCGCGCCGCCGCCGCCGCCGCGCCCGCGCGCCCGCGGUGCGUCCCGCAGGACGUCGGCGGGGCCCCGGCGCUGGCGCCGCUCGCGGCUCAACGGGUUGGCGGCGCAGCGCGCUCGGGCCGCGCGGGACUCGCUAUCGCUGAGCAGCGGCUCGGGGGGCGGCUCGGCGUCCGACGAGGACGCGGACGACGCGGACGGGGCGCUGGCGGCCGAGAGCACGCCGUUCCUCGGCCUGCGCGCGGCCCACGACGCGCUGCGCUCGGACUCGCCGCCGCUGGGCUCCGCGGGCGACAGCAGGACUUACUACUCGCUGGACAGUCACAGCGCGCGCGCCGGCAGCAGCAGACACAGCCGCGGGCCGCCCCCGCGCGCCCCGCAGGACUCGGCGCCCCUCUAGGGCCCUGCCGCCGCCCCCUCCGCCCCACUGUCUCGAAGGAGAACAGAGACCACCUACUGGAAAGAGAGAGAGAGCGAGAGAAAGAGAGGAGGAGAAACAGAAAUAAAAAUAUUUUUAUUUUCUAUAAAAGGAAAAGGUAUAACAAAAAAUGUUUUAUUUUCAUUUUAGCAAAAAUUGUCAUACUAGCUAACGGCAAAGACGUUUUUAUAGGGAAACUAUUUAUAUGUAACAUCCUGAUUUACAGCUUCGGAAAAAAAAAAGAAACAACAAAAAAAAAGAGAUGAGCCAAUUUUUUUGACUCUUUAAUAGAAACCUAUAUUGUGGUGCCUUUUGCUGUACGCUAACCUGGAGCUCCUGGAGAGAAGUCGGGGUGCGGCGAGGGAGGGACACAGCCAGCUAAGAGGAGGCUUGGGGGUUCUGGUGGGGGAGAUGAGGGGUUGGCCCCAGCCAGGAACUGGACCGAGUAGCUUAGCCCUUUUGCCAGCUCUUUGGAGUUUUGGGUCCCCUGGGUAGAAGAUGGGGAUCCUGCGCUUGAACUAGACGGGGGCCAAGCCACAUCCUGGGGGAGACCAAAGCUCAGCCACAGCAUCCCGAAGGGGAGAGGCACCCUGCUUCUCACUG